UGCACAAACUGCAAUUGAAACACCUUUACUGAAUAAAUUUCUUGAUGCGCAUUAGUUCAUUUCUUGAUGCGUGACUUUGCCUCACCAAGUCAUGUGAUUUGGAUCACAUUUGGUUCAGAAACAUAAAAAUGGCCGAGAGAGAGGGGGAGAGGUACGUUUGGAUAGACAACUUUCCCCGAAAGUGACUAUUUUGUUCUCUUGAUCACAUGGGAUGGAAGCAGUGCUUUUUAUUCGCAAAUAUUUUAUGCGAUAUUCCAAUUUUUCACAGGUUAAAUUUGCUGUUCAAUAUAGUGUUGCAUGUUGCCAUGCCAACGCACAGACUCACUAACAGCCCCUCCGCUAGUUAGCUGGUUCGCGGCGCAUCGGGCCCACGCUGGUUUGUACAUUCCCGCUAAAGGUUGUUUUGAGCAGUAGGCAUCAUGACGCACCAGUACCCAGCACUCAGCCCCGAGCAGAAGAAGGAGCUGCAGGAAAUCGCCCAGCGCAUCGUCGCGCCCGGCAAAGGCAUCCUGGCUGCGGACGAGUCCACAGGAAGUAUGGCCAAGCGCCUGAACCCCAUCGGCGUUGAGAACACCGAGGAGAACCGCCGUCUGUAUCGCCAGCUCCUCUUCACGGCCGAUGAGCGCAUAGACUCCUGCAUUGGCGGCGUCAUCUUCUUCCACGAGACCCUUUACCAGAACGCGGACGAUGGCACUCCUUUCGCCAAGAUGAUCAAGGACAGGGGCAUUGUCGUGGGCAUUAAGGUCGACAAAGGUGUCGUUCCUCUGGCGGGGACCAACGGUGAAACCACAACGCAGGGGUUGGACGGCCUGUCUGAACGCUGCGCCCAGUAUAAGAAGGACGGCGCUGACUUCGCUAAGUGGCGUUGUGUGCUGAAGAUCAGCGAGACCACUCCCUCCGAGUUGGCGAUCAUGGAGAACGCCAACGUCCUGGCUCGCUAUGCAAGCAUCUGCCAGCAGAACGGCAUCGUGCCCAUCGUGGAGCCGGAGAUCCUGCCUGACGGAGAUCAUGACCUCAAGCGUUGCCAGUACGUCACUGAGAAGGUCCUUGCUGCCUGCUACAAGGCUCUGUCUGACCAUCACGUCUACCUGGAGGGCACACUGCUCAAACCCAACAUGGUGACUGCCGGACACUCCUGCCCCACCAAAUUCUCCAAUGAGGAGAUCGCCAUGGCAACAGUCACCGCCCUGCGCCGCACCGUUCCUCCAGCAGUCACAGGCGUAACCUUCCUGUCUGGAGGACAGAGUGAAGAGGAGGCAACCGUCAACCUGAAUGCCAUCAACACCUGCCCCCUGACCAAGCCAUGGGCGCUCACCUUCUCCUACGGCCGUGCUCUGCAGGCUUCAGCCCUGAACGCCUGGCGCGGGGUCAAGGGGAACACGAAAGCCGCCACCGAGGAGUUCAUCAAGCGCGCCGAGGCUAACGGCCUGGCCGCUAAGGGAAAGUACGUGUCCAGCGGAACUUCCGGCGCUGCGGGACAGUCUCUGUACGUGGCCAACCACGCCUACUAAACCUCCCCACCACCCUCGCCCCCGCUUUCUCCAGCUUCUGCCGACCAGUAGUAUCUUCCACAGCAGCUUCCCUCUCCACGUCACCAGCCAAUCACAGGCCUGCGCUGUCGUCUGUCUGUUCUCUCUGCAGGAGUCGUCGAUAAAACGUCUUCUAGUCUUGUCUAGCUAAAAAAAAAUUUCUUCAACACGUUAGGAUGAGAGGUUGGAAAGCAGAACAAGGGGAUUCUAAACGGUUCUAUAAUAUUAAUGAAAUAGUGUUGCCUGCAUGGCUGAAUUAUUAACACUCGAUUUAAGUUGUAUUAUUUAAUUUCAUUUUGAAAACUUUUUGUUUUGUUUUUUUUUUCCCUUUUGGUUUGAAGUAUUCAAUCCCAAGACGCUCGCGCCAGGUCGUGUAUUUCCCAUGUCUCGUGUCAUUCCUGUAUUUGCUGUGGUUGUGAGCGCAGAACGGUGGAGAGCAAACACAUUAUCCAUCCCAGACGUUGUGUGUCCCCGAAGCAUUGCAGGCAGGUAUGAGUAGAGUAAACGCUGGGCAGGAACAUUCCUUCUGUGUGUGUGUGAGAGAAGAAAUAGAGUGGCGCGUGUGUUUGUGUGUGUGUCAGUACUUCUGUGUGCAUCACAACAGUUUAACGAACAAUUGACUCUCGUACCAACAGAGGAACGUUGUUUAAUAUAUAGUACAAAGGUUUAGUAUUGCUCAUCUGUUGUUUUGAAAAUCAUAGGAUACUAACUAUAUUAGUUUGCUGUUUUGUGUCGUGUGCUUGAACGUACUACGCUCUCCCUCCAUCUUUGUAGCGUAGCGAUACAGAGACGGUGAAGUUUAUUAGCUUAAUACGCUGAUGAGGACCUAACUGUAUGGAGCGUUUCGAGGGGAGCGGUCACUGCUGAUUUGGAUAAACUGUGAUGUUGUUGUGGUGUUCUUCUCUAAGCACUUGAUGUCAAGCAGAAAAACAUAUAUAAAAUAAAGAGAUUAAAAUCCCCA